CUCAGUUCCGAGUGGAAGAUCUCUGGUCUGGUCACUCCAUCAGUUCCGGUAAAUGAGGAGUUGACUUGGCCGUCGUGCAGACUUUUACCCCUGGUGAUGUGGGCUUCCCGUCUCCUACUUAUGCCCGUCCGUCUCCCAGCGUGGGAUCGGUUCGUUUUGUCACAAGAUCCUUUUCUAGUGAAUCGAGAAUUCCAUUCGCUGUUUGCUUCACCUCAAGAAAAAGAACGCAGACUGUCUGGACUACGUGGUCCUGUCAAACCGAGAUCGCACUUGAAGGUCGUAUUGCCCCUGGCUUUCUUACACGAGGGCGUCGUACCUGCUUUAGUCAACCGGAGGCCCACUCCUUCCGUGUUUCUCUCUUGGUCAGGUCUCAAGGUAUUGUCUUGCCUUCGCCAUAAUGCCAGGAAGACAUCGCGCCCAUACUACCGAGCACCCGGCGAAGGGCUUCAAGUGGUUCCCAUGGAAGCGGGAAAAGAAAGUGGUGGUCGAGCCUGUGCAGGUGUGGUCAGAUUGGGUGUCAAGUGAAGAUGGAACCUACUUCUAUCGAGCCAGGAAAUUGGCUGACGGCACUUGGGGAGAUUAUGAAUACACAGAGGGUUACUACAUGGGAGGUUAUGCGGGGGAAUAUGCCGGAGGGUAUGCCGCAGGAUAUGCGGAUGGGUAUAUGGGAGGUAUAGAGAUACCCCAGGAGAAGGAAUACCACCCGGCAGUUGCGGUCAGCCCUUGGAAACUCCCCGAAGAGCCCGUUGCGAUCAUGCCAGAGAGCUCCGAGGUUAUGGAGGAUCCAGAACCCAGGUACGCGGAGAUCGCAGAGUCAGAGCCCAUUGGAGAGUUUUCGGUCGCAGAUGAGGAGGAACAACAUCAAGGCACUACCACCAACGCCACCUCAGUCUCGGGUGAUGAUGCUUUUGACAGCCCGCCAGAAGACGACGGCUACCGUGAAAGCGAGCCCUUACCGACCGUGCAAGAAGCGGAGCCCAUGGUGUUCACUCACGAACCAGAACCCUUUCGAGCCUUGUCCCCGAUGCCAACAUUGCGGCGAGAGUACAAACCGAGGCGAAGGCAUACAACCGGGGCCGACACCAGCGUACCAGCUUCGUACCACCGCCCGCGAGUUCCCCAUCGGCAUACAUUCAACGAAGGCCACAAAGACAGUCACAGCCAAGAUCAUCACCACCACAGACGCACCAAAAGUCACGACUCGAACCACAAACAGCCGCUCCUAUUCUCCAUCUUCUAUGCAGUAACCAAAACCCAUGCCGGCCCCCAAAUCCGCCGCAUGCCCUCCGCUUCACCCCAUCGAUCCUCCACACGCGGCAAAUCAACAACACGCACCUCCACCCGCCCCUCAACCGCCACAUCCUCCUCCUCUUCCCGCGCCCCCUCAGCUUCAGUAAGCAAGCAUCAAGACAAUACCAGUACCAGAGUUGCCGUCCCUAAAACAUCUACCCAAAAACCAACGACAAAGAAACCGCCAGUCACUGCCAGGUCAACAAAGCCCAAGAAACCACCAGUGCCCACAGCAAGCGAGACCACUGUCGUCGUGCCCCUCGACACGGGCGUGCCGUCUGUGAUUGCGCCGCCGGGGAAAGCGACGAUCACCAAGACGAAGAAGUUUAAUUCCAAGAUUAAGAGCGAGAAGGAGAUGAAGGUGGAUAGUAAGAAGAUGAUUAAGGGGUGGUUGGCGGGGAUGGAGCCAGGAGCGGAAGACAAGAAGAUGAAGGGUAAGGGUAGUGGGAAGGAAAGAGGGAGGAGGAUGACGAAGUGAUGAAUGGGGUUAUGAAAGGAUAGGUUCUUGGGGGGGAUGACUUUGGUUGAUGAAUAAUGGCUGAUGAAUUCACAAGGAUCACGAGGAUUUACGAGAUAAUGAUAAUAGAGGCCGGACGGAAAGAGGGGGUUAGCGUAACGGACGCUGGAGUUUUAUCGGGUUU